AUGAAGGAUCGCACCGGGAGCCUGUUGAUCCGGCAGGACCCUUCCACGGGGCCCCGCGGGGGCAAGGACAGCAUUCACCUCUAUCGUGACGGUGGCUUCACGAAGCAAGACCUGGCGGCACUCGUGCAGGGCUACCAGGAGGCGUGGUCCGGCCUCAACGGCAGAGAUGUUUCCUACAGGUUUGUGAUCGCUCCUGGGGAGACGGCGACGACGGCGCCGCCGGCGCCGCGAUCUCCGGAGAGCGCCACGAGCGCGGCGGGCGGCCCUUCCUCCGCGGUGCCCGGUAGCAAGGCGGCCGGGGCGGAGAAGCUGCGGCAGCUCGGCGUCGAGGUGUUCGACAAGGCCACCGGGGAAACCCCAGGAUGGGAUUCUCUCGCGGGGUACGCGGACGUGAAGCAGGAGAUCGAGGACACUCUCAUCUUGCCGCUCAGACACCCGGAGGUGUACGAUGUCAUCGCUCGAAAGACGCGCACCCAGUUCGAGAGCAACCGGCCCCGCGCCGUGCUGUUUGAGGGACCCCCGGGCACGGGCAAGACAGUCAGCGCCAGGGUCAUCGCUGGGAGAUCCGACCGUCCGAUGGUCCACGUCCCGGUGGAGAACAUCAUGUCCAAGUGGUACGGCGAGUCCGAGAAGAAGCUUAGCGCUAUCUUCGACGCGUGCGACGAGAUGGGGGGAGCGAUCAUCUUCAUCGACGAGGUUGACGCCCUCGCCGGGUCUAGGUCGACCGGGGGCAUGCACGAGGCCACCCGCCGAGUGCUCUCAGUCAUCCUGCAGAAGGUGGAAGGCUUCGAGAAGGGGUCCAAGAACAUUCUCAUCUGCGCCACCAACAGGAAAGACGACCUCGACGCGGCCCUCAUCAGCCGCUUCCAGCUGUCGAUUCAGUUUGGGCUGCCUGACGCUACCACGCGCCGCGAGGUAUUCGGGCUGUACGCCAAGCAGCUCUCCCAGCACGAGCUGCAGACUCUGGCCACCAUUACCGCGGGGAUGUCUGGCCGGGACAUGAAGGAGACUUGCCAACACGCCGAGCGCCGGUGGGCGUCGAAGCUGGUGCGAGGGCAGGAGACGAGCGAGCUUCCCUCUUUGAAGGAAUAUGUGGACUGCGUCGACAGGCGUAGCCGGGAGGGUGCGUGGCAAUCCCGACCUGCCCAAGCAUAGGGACAAGACUGCCGGAGAGUGGGUCUACGUCUAGCAUGAAAGAAAAGUUUGGGGCUGCAUGGCCUUAGGGAAGCACCGGUUGUCACCGCGGAGGAGAGAAGAUUGCCGGGAGAAGAAGCACGCUUCGCACGGGACGUAUGGCCUACCGGGUUUCUGCACUUUGCCCUUGUCUCUUGACCCACCCCGCCGGGUUGUUUUCCUGCUUUUUUUUUCUCUGCUGAUGGAGGAGGGUAUUCUGGCUUGUGCUUGUGGGACCGGGUGGGGGUGGGGCUUCGCGUUGGGGAUGAAACUGUCGUAGUGGAGUUGUCGAUCGUACAGUAUCUCUACCAAGUGCUGGUGCGCUGCAUCAGCAGUGCAUGUCUACUUUGUUCGGGCGGGAGGAUCCGUACGAGGGUUGAGGGGGGGGGGGGGGGAGAUUUGGUUUUUGAGGACCUGCGGCGUCCGCUGUACUCCCUGUGUUGGUCGGACGUUGUCAGGAGAAAUGUCAUGGGGGUGACCUGCCAUGGGCUCACGCCCUGGGGGGUUUUUCUUCUUGCUGGGGUUAAA